UUUUUUUCCUUACUUUUUUCAUUAACGGAAAUCAACAAAAGGGUGGGGCGGUCAAGGAUGAGCCAGAACGCUCAACAGUAUGCACCGUCGACGAGCGCGACGUACGAGAGCUCCGAGGCCUACUCGUACCGACGCAGUGGCAAUAGCAAUGGCAGUGGCAGUGGCAGUGGCAGUGGGAGCAGCAGCCACCAGCAGAGCAACGGCGAGUCGAGUGCCGGCGGCGCUGGGACGGACGACUCGCCGAACGAGCUGUGGAUGCACGAGAUGCAGCGCAGACGCGAGUUCUUUGACAUGCACGAGGACGAGAACGAAGACACGGACGACGGCAAGCCAAAUCCAUACCAGGUGCUGGGCGUUGCGCAGUCAGCCACCCUGGAGGAGAUUGAGCAGGCGUUUCGCCGCUUGAGCACGCUCUUCCACCCCGACAAGCAUCCACUGCACAAGCAAGAGUCCGAGCUCAUCUUCACCAAGAUCAGCAAGGCGUACGAGGUGCUCAAAAACCCAACCAACAGGCAGCUGUACGACAUGGACAAGGAUCGCGCCCUCGUUUUGGGCCAGGAGAUUGCCGUGCGCGGCGUCUCCAAGGUCGAGGAAAUCCGCGCAGAGUACGAGCGUUUGAAGCGUCGCCGGAUUCAGCAAUACCUGCAGAUGCGCACCAAUGCCAAGGGCGUGGUUGUUGCAGCAGUGGACGCAUCGGCGCUGUUCGACAACUCUGUCGCUGUCGAGGCACACCAACGCGCACGCCAACGACAACAAGAACAACAACAACAGAAACGGCAGGCUCGGGGGAAACGGACGGACGCCGCAGAAGACGAACGCGAUACAGAAGAGACCGCCGAGCGCCAGCAGACCAAGCGUCGGCAACAGCUAACAGUCGACAUGCACGAUGACGAGCUGGAGGCACGAGGCAUGUCCUUCUCGCUUGAAGACAUUGCCAUUGCCGCUCUCAGCAUCCAGCAGUCGAUCGAAUGCCCUGUCUCGGACAAGAACGUUGUGACUUUCAGCGGACAGCUGGGUGUUCGCAACGGCAACGGCUCGGGCAGUGUUCUGGCGUCGUUGCGCCAUCAAAUUUCCAACCUUGCCUGGGGCGAAGUGGAGGUGGGUGCAGGCUCUGGCGGCCAGCUCACCGUCCGUGGUCUGCGACACAUCAACAAGCAUCUGUAUUUCGUUGGAAUGGCGACUGUGCAACAACUGAAUGCAGGCCGGUAUGCGCUCGGGUAUUCUGGAACCGUCGCCCAAACUCUUGGCGCCCAUACGACCGGCUUUCUCACUCUGGGUGGCGGCAUCCACUCGGCCAUCAAUUCGACCAUUUCGCGCACGACCGAAAAUUCUCAGUUUACUGGCAUUAUGCAGUUUGGUUUGAACCAAACUAUUCUUGGUUUGACCUACGUUCACAACCUCACCGACUCUUCCCGAUUCCGCAUUGCGGGCAAAGCAGGGUCCAACGGUGUCCUCAUCGAGUACGGCGCAGAUCGCAAGGUUGCCAAAAACACGCGCAUCGGCAUGUCUCUGACGAUCGGAAUACCGAUGGGCAUUGUGUUCAAGCUCAAGAUUACUCGCGUGGCGCAGCAAUACGUAUUACCAAUCACCCUCUCCCACGACGUCCUUCCCGCUCCUGCCGUGUUUGGCACCGUCGUCCCUCUUGCCCUCUACUCUCUCUUCCACAUGUUUGUCAUGUUGCCGCAUCGUGCCCGUGAAGCUCAACGAAAACUCGACCAGCUGCGUGAAGAGAACGCCGAAAAGAUUGCUUUGGCCAAGCGAGAGGCCAAGGUGGCGAUUGAUCUCAUGCGCGAAGCCGUGGAGCGCAAGAUUGCCAUUGAAGCGGAACGCGCAGGUUUGAUCAUUAUCAAGGCGUUGUAUGGCCGAGUCAAGGAGCCGCAAUCACGCCGGGAGACGUCAGAGUUCGUGAUUGAUGUGACCCUCCCGCUGCAAAGCCAUGUCAAGGACUCUGAACUCCACCUGCACGAAGGAUCGAAAGCGAACAUGCUUGGAUUCUACGACCCUUGCAUUGGCGAGACAAAGCAUCUCUACAUUUCGUACAAGUUCAAGGAGCUGAUGCACGAAGUGCUGAUUCCCGACGAAGAGCCGUUGUCGAUUCCCAAGCGCUCGCACCUGUUGCCAAUGCGACGUUAAAGGCGGCACAGAAUUCUGCGCACACUGUGGACGAACGAGUGUGCUUGCAGCUUGUAUUUGUGGUUUGCAUUUUUUGAAUAAUAUUUUGGGUAUUUUUCACGAAC